AUGGCCAGUCUGCGGCCUGCGGGAGCCGAUACGCUGCUUGUGGCUCCACUGCUGGCCGCUGGAGGGCUGCCACAAUGGACAUGGAUCAAAGAUGAUGGUCAAGUUGGUCAACCCACAGAAGGUGCCAGAUCGUCUUCCCGCCGUGCAAGGGCUGGAGCAGAUGGGCAAGCCACAGCUUUCCCGUAUACUGUAAUAACUAACGAAGUAUCGAUUUACCUAUAUUAUUAUCAUCUCAACGCCCCCGGGCGUCUAACCGCUUCCACACCGGCUCCACCGCUUCUAUAUGGUACGCCCCAGAAGGCCAACUUCAUCUAG